AUGCCGAGGGACUCGCGCCGCAGCUCCAGCCCCCCAAAGAAGCACAAGGAACAGCCAAAGGAGGAAUGGUAUAUUAUUAAGGAUAUUCUACAAGAAAGGCGAAGCGGCUCGGGCAUUGAAUAUCUCGUCGAUUGGAAAGACAACCCGGAAACCGGCGAGCGAUACCGUCCCACGUGGGCCCCAAGCAAGGACGUCACUUUGAAGGCGAUAUUCGAUUGGAAAAGAAAACUCGACUUGCUCUAUCAGGAGGAUCACCCCGCGCGCUCAGGACAAUCUGUAUCGCGAGACGUCCAGGGUGUCGUACAGCAGGGCUCACCGGCGCAUACUCCGUCCAUCCGCUCGAUCGACAGUAGUCAACCUGUGCAGACGGCAAAUAGACGCAGGAGACCGCAAUCUAGGCAGUCGGAAGACCUGCAGGAUCGAGACUCGGACAACGACCCGAACCCACCGCAGCAGAAGCGAUACCCUAGUGAGGUUCCUUCCUUGCUGUCGUCGGCUUCAGAGGUUGAUACUGACGCUGCCUCGGAUGUUGCAUACAACACCACGGCCAGCUUCUUCGUGGCGAUUCCCUCAAAAUUAGAUCGCGACUUUUCAGAAUAUAUUAGCAUAUCCGACUCGCAAGGGUCGACCUCGCUCGGCUCUCAACCCAUCUCGGCCCUUGAAGACGAGGACAGCCAAGUUGUGAUCACGGAGAGCCUCAGUCAAAGGACUAUCCCCGACUCGCAAGAGUACUCGGCAUUCGAUACCCAGGACUCACCGUAUUCUAGCAAACAAGGAGCUUCGACUAGCAACAAAGGGGGUGCCAACACCGAGCGUGAGAUCUCGGAUUCGCAAAAGCAGUCUAGUCUCAGGACCUCCCUGAGUAAGUCUACGGAUUCCCAGGCCCGACUUCUGAGUGCACCGGAUCACCGUUCACACUUCUUUGUCCGCCGGACGCCCUUGGAGUCGCCUCGUCCGUCUUCUCAGGAUCACCCACCGGCGCCGGUAUCGUCGGGUUACAUCCCUUUGACACAGAACAGCCCUCAACCAAGCCAGGGCCCAAGCUUUGACCUCGAGCAAGCCUCACCUUUUCAUCGGCAUUCCAUUGCAGAGCCUGCAGCAGCAUCGCAGCCACCUCGACGCGCCUCACGUGAACACGACUCCCUUCCCUCGGUCUCUGAUACGUCAAUUCCAUCGCAUCAGGUCGACGAACUACAAGUCGUUGAACAGACUGAGGCCUCCGCCAUCGGAGAUUAUCCCCAGGAGUCACAGUCUGCCAGGACGCCUAUUUUCCACACCCAGCCUGCCUUUGAUUUCGACACCUCAACUUCUCAAGCGACUUCCUCGGCGAAGAGCACGUCCGACGGCACCUCCAGCAAGUCGCAACGACACACCGACAAUCAGGAGUGGGCGACUGAGCAAAUCAUUGCUUGCUCUGAUACACGCCCCAGCCAAAACACCCAAGCCGCUCAAGUCGUUCAACCUCUCCCAGAUAUUUCCGCAAGUCAAAGCUGCGCAGACGGGCACGUGGUUCCCGACACCGUUCGUCGAAGACCUUCACGCACGAUACGCUUCAGUGCCACGGUUGCCAGCUCAGAGUCGCCUCCAUUCGCCUUUUCUCAGGCAAUCGCCGCUGCACCAUCACAGCGCGGCGAGGACGAGGUUUCCGAGGCCGAUAGUUUUCAGACUUGCUUCGAAAGACGGUCACUUCCUCCUCAUCCCUCGUCACCCAACAGGUCUCAGGACCAUCGGCCGCUGAGUCUACCUCCAGCCAUGCAUACUUCGGGCGACGAACCACUCUCGGCGAUAGAGGAGCUGAUGAGAAUUCAAGAAGCUGCAUUGCAAGGCACAUUGACCGAGGGAGGAUUGACGAGUCCGACGACUGAGUCGGCCCAGAUCCGUCAAGAUGGCGCAGGCGACCUCGCAUUUUCGGCACCCAUGGACCACCCAUCCAUCCAGAUCAACUCGCAGCUACCUCUCACAGGAGACUGGAAUAUGGGCGAGCCAGUCACGUCGUCUACAGACAUGCCUGGACUUGUCGGUGCCCCCGUCGAGCCAACGAUGCAGCCUCUGAUCCACGAAGAGCCCCAGACAGCUAGCAUGGGAGACAUCUUCCCCAGCAAUCUCAUGCCGCCUGAAUCGGCCGAGCAGCUGCCCAUCACCAUAUCCCCCUCAGACAUCAGCAGAUCAGUCGAGCCUGAAGAGGCCUCAAACACACUUCCUCAACCCGAUGACCAUCCUAUGGACAUGCUGCCGGAAGACCAGACCACCGCAGGCGACCAGAGCACUGUAACCUCGCCAGACAUUGAAGAGCCGUACAUUUCGGGCCCUCCGACGGCCGUGGAUCAGAGUGACUACCUGGUCACGCUCUCGUUCCCAGCAAACAUUCGGCCCCUGUACCGGAGCACCAUCAAGGCCUAUCGCAAUGUGAUUGAGCAGUUCACCAAGGACAUGCAGUCUGAGGAAGAAGUCGUCGAUCAGAAGACGGUGGAGUCCAUUGAAAAAAUGUUCAACCAGCUUCGCGACAUUUGCGACGUGCCCGCACUUCUUGACGGUGCUUCUAUUGACGCCUUGUCCGCAGAAGACCUCAAGAAGCAUGCCAUGGGCACCAAUAGCAAGUUCUUCUUCGUGGGCAGAUUCCUCGAACGACUGCAGACGAGCCACAAGAAAAUCCUCAUUGUCGCGCGCGAUAUCAACAUUAUCGGGUACCUCGAGGCCAUUGUCGGAACUGGGGAGAUGGCGUACUCUCUGAAGGGUCUGCAUGAGCUGGAAAGCCAGGACGAGCAUUCUCUGCUCGUCGUUCUCGUACACGCCCAGCAGGCUCUCGUUGACGACCUGAGCGACUUUGACGUUGUCGUUGGAUUCGACAACGGUGUCAUGCAGACAGACCUUGUCGACCAAUGGGGCAAGAUGAAUGGGAAGAAGCCGAUGCUGCUGAGGCUCACGACGACGUGCUCUAUCGAGCAUCUGGAGCUACUGUUGCCGUCGGACUUCAAGGGCUUGAUGCGUCAAAAUGCGCUGUGCAUCGCCGUGUGUCAGUCAAGAAAGAUGAGCUAUCUGGACGAAAGAGAUAACCAGGGGGUGAUGAUUGACCACUACGCUGCUUCGUUUGCCAACCAAGCAAUCCUUCCCGACCCCGGCUUCGACUGGGACCCCGAGCUUAUCCCCUCCUCUGUUCUCGAUUUGUACUCCAGCAGUCAACCCGAGAGUCAGGCAGAGGAGCCAACCCGCAAGCGCAAGACUGAUGCCGAGCCGCAGCAAGCUGUCAAACGCCUGCGAGUUAGCCCUCUUCCUGGACAAGAGCCGGGAGACAUUGACGCAGCGGUUCGCAGUCAGCUGAAUCCUAAACCGUCACAACUACACAUCCAAACAACGCAGGAGCACCUGGAUACUCUGACGACCAAGGUGUCCGAACUCAAGCUUCAACUAGAGGAGGCGAACACCAUGGAAUCCAAUCUCAAGAAACAGCUCACCAAUCUCUUCAAAAGAGUCAAGAGCUACGACGAGACCACCAAUUCCAUUCAGGCGGCGCACAUGGCCGCGCUUCGGGAACGAGCCAAGUUCGAGGCCGAGCGGGAUGAAGCAAAGAGAAAGGAGGAUCAGGCUCUGGAGAAGAGCCGUGAGUGGCAAGACAAGGCACAGGCUUUCGAAGAGCAGUUAAAGGUGAAGAGCGCCACUCUUGAAGAAGCCCUCGUCAACGCCGGUUCCGUCGCGACGGAGACUUUUAAAGAGAAGACAUCAGAGCUCGAAAAGGCCUUGGCCAAGGUGGCGGAGCUCGAGAAGAAGCUCGAGAGCCGGGACGGCGAGCUAAGCUACGCAAGAGACGCCUAUCAGACAGCCAACCAUUCCAACAGCGAGCUCUCCCGCGAGAACCGCGAGCUCAAGGAACAGGUUGCCGCGAUGCAAUCGUCGGCCCCGGGCAACCUCGCGCAAGUCCUCAACGUCACUGCCAAUGCCGGACAGCAGGUCAAGGAGAUGCAGAGGCAGAUUACCGAGACCAAGGCCAUCACCAAGGACCGCGAAAAGGAGCUCGCGCGCGUGGAGAAGGAGCUGAGGGCGCUCAAGAACGGACGCAGAGAGACGAGGCAGCAGAGCGUUCCUCGAAGCCCGCGGUUGAGCGUCAUGAGCCCGAGGACGGGACGCGUGGCUGGUGGUGGUGGUGGUGGUUCGGCUAGUCGUGGGACGUCGCCUACGCCGCAUGAGUCUGGCGGUGGUACGCCUGUCGCUGGCCUGCAGUUUUUUAAUAACUCGGCCAACAACAGAUGGCCCCAUUUGCGGGACUGA